AUGGGUCUAAUUGUUUUAGCAUGGAUCUUAAUGUUCUACUAUCACGAAGUCUACGUUCCAAACUCUACGGUCUCCCAAUGUACUUGGUCUGAUACCCAUAUAAAUGAUCCUGACUUGAAACAUUCAUCUCCUGGUAUGUUUACCAAAGUCAUGUUGGUAGCAGAUCCUCAACUUAUAGAUGGCCACACGUACCCCGGAAGAGGUGACUUCUUACUUAAGGUGUCACAACAUACAGUGGACAUGUAUCUCCACCGGAACUAUAAGGCCUUACUAAAUAGAUUGAAACCAGAUUUUAUCUUCUUCCUUGGCGAUUUACUAGACAGUGCACGAAGCUCGCUGGACGAGUACUUCGACACUCAAGUGGCCCGGUUCAAUCGUAUUUUUGACAUUGAUCCGAGAUACAAGUAUGGUAGUAACGUAUUCCUUAAUGUGGCUGGGAACCACGAUAUCGGGUUUGGCCAUCAACUUAUACAAACAGCAAGAGAAAGAUUUGGUAUGGUGUUUGGGGCCCCUAACACCUAUGUUGACAUUAAUGGUAUAGAUUUCGUUACAGUUGAUGGACCUCUGCUUUCAAGUCCAGAUCCAAUAAUCAAAAACGAAGCUAUGCUGUUCCUUAGUUCGUAUAGGAACAACAAAGAAAGACCCUCAUUAAGAAUUCUUCUUACUCAUGUACCGUUAUACCGUGAUCCGGUAGCGAAACCUUGCACAAACUCUCGAGAGAACCUGCCUUUUGCAAUCACCAAGGGCCAUCAAUACCAACUGAUUCUUGAUGAACCUGUAACUGACGAAAUUCUUCAGGCCAUUCAACCUAUAGCUAUAUUUUCUGGUGAUGAUCAUGACUACUGUAAGAUUGACCAUAUUUUGCACAAUUUUCAAACUAAACAGCUGACCAGAGUCAUAGAAUACACUGUCAAAUCCAUUAGUAUGGCCAUGGGGAUAAAGUUUCCCGCAGUGCAAUUGCUAACAUAUGGAAGUAUUCCAGAUUUAGGGUUCACAUAUACUUCCAACCAAUGCUAUCUUGAGAAACCGUAUUAUAACAUCUUCUCCUAUGUUACUUUGGCAGUAUUAUCCGGGGUAAUAUUAUUAGUGAUCAAUCUUAUGAAGAGACGUACGUUUGUUGGUGCUGCUAGAUCCGAUCAGGAAUCUAAUAGCGUGACUCUGAAACCAUUACAUAGGGUGGGCUACAAGUUACUACACUUUGUUCGUGAUGCCCUUAUCACAGGGAUAGCUGUCAUAGUGGUUUAUGUCGCUGGCUUUUGUUGGUGGUAA